CGCAAUCGUGUUUACUGGAGUGGAUGAAACAAAAGCAACAAAGCAAAACCCCUCGUUCAUGGACGACCAUGCUACAAUCAAGAACAACUGAGUCGCUGUAAUCUGGUCUUUUCGGCAUUGGCAUCAUGGCCAAAAGAAAGCAGCCCGAUCAAGACCCAGACUCGUCCCUAGAACCGAGCGAAACCCCUUCGAAGCGCCGGCGAACCAGAAUCACAGACACAGCACCCGCGAACGGCGUCCACAAUGGAGACCAUGAACGAGGCCACGAUGAUGUUGAUGAUAUCACAAUGGCGGAUGAGUCUACGCCCAAGAAGCCGAGAACUCCCUCCAAAACCAAAAGAAAAUCCGCCGCAGAAGCAUUACUAGAUGAAGAAGAGCAGGGACUCGGAGACGAAGGCAGUCCGACUCCCAAAGCGAAUGGCACUGGUCGGACACUGUUUUCGACACCACGAAGAGGCAGAGGCAGACCCCGCAAAGAUGGCCUCCCUUCACAAACGCCCACCAAGCCUACAACGCCUUCCAAGGCCAAGGCAUCAGCAUCAGAUCGCUCGGCGAAAAGAAAAAGUGCACGAGCGCUAGUUGAGGCGCAAGAACAAGAGGAAGGUGAAGACGAAGACUGGGAUGGGCAGAUUGCGCUGGCAAAGAAAAUCCUCUCAGCGGGCGAUGAUGGGGAUGAAGCUGAAGCCAGCACUGUGAGAAACAAUGAUAUGCUCGAUGAAACCACGGUCGAGCCCGACGACACUACGGCUGCUACGACCACACCGACCAAAACGCCAGGCAAACGUGGGCGGCCCAAGGGCGCCAAAAACAAACGAUCCCCAACACCAGAAGGCGACAUCGCUCCCGAAGAACGGUAUUUCUUCCAGAACCGCGCAGGCCCGCCUCAGAUUUCAAGCAACAAAUUCAAUCCCGUCAAAUUACUCAGUCAUGACGAGUACUUUGAGCAGAUUCAAGCACUCACCCAAAAAGACCGACAUGAAAAGGAUCGCGAGCAGUUAAUGAAGCUGCAUGCUCGCUCAUUUGCACAGUGGUCCUUUGAACUCGAGCAGGGCUUUAGUUUGUGUUUGUACGGAUACGGGAGCAAAAGGGGGCUCACUACGAACUUUGCGGAAUGGCUUUACAGACACCUGCAACAGCAACGACAACGGCAAAGGCAAAGGCAAAAAUUGCACGCAAAUCAACGACAGUCUGGGGAGGCUCUGGAGGAGGAUGAAGAGGUUUUGCGUGCCCCGCGCAUCAUCGUGGUCAAUGGAUACACGCCAAAGUUGAACGUGCGUGGAAUCCUAAACACCAUCGCCGCAGCGGUGACUACCAGCGACUCCGAGUUGUAUAGCGACGGUGACGGCGGCAGUGGCAGCGGCGAUGAAGAAGGAGACAGAGACAGCGGUGAGGAGGAUCAUGACGACCAUCGUCAUCGCCAGCAGAGCCAGAGCCGUCAGAAACGGCACCGGCGCCGAUUGCGUCUGAUAGGCCAACCUCACGAAAUGCUCGAUACGCUGCUCACGUACCUUGACACCGAGCAUUCGUCAAGUACUAGUAGCAGCCACAGGAGCAUCGUUGCGGAUGAAGACGGCAACAAUGGCGGACGUGACCUGGAGAUCGUGGUCCUAGUCAACUCGAUCGACGCUCCUCCCCUCCGCCGGCUGGGAACACAAUCACUCCUUGCCCGCCUCGCCGCACACCCCAGCAUUAAAUUCACCGCUACAGCAGACACACCGACGUUUGCUACUUUGUGGUCGUCGACCCUCCUCGACCAGUUCCGCUUCGUGUAUCACGACUGCACGACCUUUGCUCCAUAUACCGCCGAGAUCAGUGUCGUCGACGAAGUCCACGAACUCUUGGGCCGCAAGCGAAUGCGCAGUGGCGGCAAAGAAGGGAUCGGGUUCGUGUUGAAAUCGCUGCCGGAGAACGCGAGGAAUUUGUAUCGCUUGUUGAUUUGUGAGAUUUUGGCGAGUUUAGGCGAUGAUGGACUUGAAGGAGCAGGCGCCGGCUCCUUCGAAAGGGUGAAUGAUGAUGGUGACGAUGAUGACGGCCGGUCUGCGAAAAAGCGGUCUCGGUCUCGAUCUGCUAAACAACAAGCCGAAUCGGAACAAUUGGGUGUCGAGUAUCGCACCCUUUACCAAAAGGCUUCCGAGGAGUUCAUCUGCUCGAGUAGUAUGAAUUUCCAGUUUUUGCUCAAGGAGUUUCACGAUCAUCAGAUGAUUACGAGUCGGAGGGACCAGAGUGGCACAGAGGUCUUGGGCGUGCCAUUGGAUAAACAGGAAAUGGAGGCUGUGUUGGAGGAAUUGGUUAUUUGAAGCAUCGAGAUAGAUAUAAGCAGAGCCAUUCCAAAAACGGAUCAAUACAAACGAAGCUCCGAAAAGGAGUCGUUCAAGAUUCUAUAUAGACACGAAUGUGACUGGCCAAACCAAAGGGAACGCCGAUCCCUGCUUUCC